AAAUGAGUUAUAUUUGCCAUGCAUGAAGAAAGCUGACUUAGAAUUAUCUACAAUAAGGCAGUCUAAUCUGACCAAAACUUUUUCAUCUGGCCUCAUCAGCGGUUGUUUGAGCACUCUUUUAUUACAGCCACUCGAAGUUUCAAAAACGCAGCUCCAGGUUAACAAAUCAUUGAAACUGUGGAAUGUCAGUCAGCAUAUUGUAUGCAAGUUUGGAUUGCCAGGAUUUUGGCGCGGAACCACAGUUUCACUCUACCGGAACAUGGGAGGCAUGUCCGUAUUUUACCCUUCGCUUUACUUCAUUCAGUCUUCCGUCUACGGAAACGACAAGCCAUCGCCUCUGGGCUCUUUUCUCGUAGGUGGAUUAGUCCGGUCAGUUAAUUGUGUCAUUUUUUGUCCACUCAACGUAGUAAAAACGAGAGUGGAAAGUGGCACUACAAAUUUUGGAAUUAUGCGGACCUUGAUGGCAAUUUAUCAUCAAGAAGGUGUUGUUAAGUUAUUCAGUGGACUCUUGCCGACUAUUGCGCGAGACCUGCCGCAUGCUGGUCUGAACAUUAUGUUCUACUGGGAAUUCAAAUCAAGAAUGCCAGGCGAUAAUGUUUUAGCUGACUCCUCAAUCGCAGCUUUUGUGGCCUCGUUUCUCAGUUGCCUUGUCACUCAUCCGUCUGAUGUUGUGAAAACAAAUAUGCAGAAUAAACCUGAUAGGUAUCCGAAUAUUAAAGCGACGUGCAGUAGUUUGUGGAGGAAAAGAAGAUUCUACGGGUUCUAUCUGGGCUUUGUACCGAGAACGGGUAGAAAAGUGCUGCUCUCAAUCAUAAAUUGGGUUGUGUUGGAAUUUAUAGUCACUGUUUUUUGAUUAUCUGUUAAAAGGAUUGGGGUAAUUAGAAGACUGAAAUUGAAAUCGGAAGUAGUUCGAUGACAUAAUUGGAAAUAAAAAUGUUUUUGAUUCCGAUAGUUACUAGAAUUUUAUGUAUAAAAAUAAAGGUUUCUACCGCCGCUUUGUUGACCGGAGCAAUAACUACUUGAGAUUACUUACAUGUUACCCUCGGGUCCUUAUGUCCCUGUUUGUUUAUUAUAACUUCAUUUUAACAAGAAAUCGAUAUUAGAAUCAGUCUUCUAAUUGAACUAUCUCGACCUGAGUUGAAAUUGAAAUUGUUUUUAUGAGCUAUUUUGAACGUAGUUAUAAUU